GCUUUACGCUAGUGCUGCCGCCUGUUUGCAACACAUGCGCGUACAGCAACUGGUAAGACAAGAGGACUGAAGGCGAAACAACGCGAAAGAAAUAUGGUGGAUAUGAUCAGAAAAGGAUAAACAUGGCAGAAUUUAAUAGUGGAUCGAAUAAGAUACCAUCAGUCCUAUCGGCUGAAGCCGAAGCUUUUGUACCAUCAGUGAAUCAAUCAACUUCGGAUCUAAACAAGUUGCCUGGAUACGUCACUUCUUGCUACCCGUUUGUCCCAGACCCUUCAACGAAUUGGUCUGCAGGACAAAGGCAUAACCAUGUGUCAAUGCCGUUUAAUCAACAAUUAGGCCGAUUAUAUGUAACACAUGUUGUAGGUUCGAUGAUGAACCGACCGGCGACCAGAGGUCUACAUCAUAAUAUGCACUCAACUCCUCCGAUACGACAUCCCUUGGUGAUUCCAGCAUGGAAACAAAAAAAGUCAAAUCGUGAUGUUAAUCUCGUCAGCAUUGGUGUUCAAAACGAAUCUGGCUUUUCUAGGGGGGUGAAUCCUGUAGGUAUUAUCGUAAAACCUAAGAAAACAAGAACAAUAGUUCUUGCCGAUGCAGCGAAUCAGACAGAUUUUGCAGAUGAAAUAGCAAAUAUGCAAUUAGCAGAAAAGCCCCAUUCUCUGUAUUUUCGAGGAGAUUGGAUAGCAUCAGAAGGUGAAGGUUAUACAACCGAUGAGGACGACGUGGUAGAAAACGAGGAAGAACUAGAAGAAGAGGAAGAUUCUGAUUCUGGAUACUCAUCUCCACAGCAUAGACGCUAUGGUCCGAGUGAAAAUUCUGUAACAUGUACACCAAUAGGCAAAAAGCCUAAGAGGUUAAAAAAGAAAGAAGAAUCGACGUGUAAUGAUUCUUCUGCUGUACUCAGCUACAGUGAGGUCUUAAAACAAGGAAGCACAAACGUGCCACCAAAUUCAGAAAAUGCAAAUAAUCUUAAGGAAUCUAGACAAAUGCAGAAAAGGCUACGAAGACAAAUGAUCGCUAAUAAAGCAGCGGAGGAGGAAUACGCCGAAAUAUUGGUAGAGACUGAAGUUUUGAAACAACAAACCCAACAAAAACAACAGAAGAACAACAGGAGUGAGACUAGUGAUAACGGGCAACAAACAUCAACUACAGCUAAUGCCACAACAAACAACAGUUCAAAGAAAUCACAGCAACCGUUAAUGUUGGCAGAUAUUUUUCAACCGACUGUUGAAGUUUCUGGCGUUCAACAACGAAGUAAAUCUACCAAGUGUUCAAACACAAGUAAAUCUUUGGCAAUAAAUCCACUUGAUUCUAGUGCUCCCACAAUAAAACGGGGUAAAGAGAGGGAAAAUCCUCGACCAAAAAAGCCUUCAGCUCUAAAGAAAGUUAUUCUUAAGGAAAGAGAGGAAAAGAAACGUUCCCGAGAAAUGCCUGAUAUUGCUCUUCACGAAGUUGAAUUAGAUAGCACAGCUAAUUCAGAAUCGAAGGGAUCAUCAAGUGUUGAUUUUACGGAGAAUUUACCAACUCCGAUUAGUGCUGGUGACUCUCCAGUAAGCCAAACAAGCCCGCUUCCCAUGUCUCCACUUUCUUCUUCCCCCACUCCAGCAAGUAACUCAAGUCAUGUUUCUGCAGCCGUAUUUCAAAAAAUUCAUUCACGUCGUUUCCGUGAAUACUGCACCCAUGUGCUUGAUUCAAGUAUAGACGAAUGUGUAACAGAUCUAUUGAGAGAUUUAGUUAGAUUUCAAGAUAGACAAUAUCAAAAAGAUCCUACAAAAGCAAAGAAUAAACGUCGUAUUGUACUAGGUCUGCGAGAAGUGACAAAACAUUUAAAACUUGGAAAAAUUCGAUGCGUUGUUAUUUCUCCGAAUCUAGAAAGGAUUCAAAGCAAAGGAGGAUUAGACGAUGCUUUGAAUUCAAUAAUAAAAUUGUGCCGAGAGCAGAACUUACCCAUCGUCUUUGCCUUAGGUAGACGGGCAUUAGGCCGAGCCUGUUCUAAACUCGUUCCUGUUUCUGUAGUAGGAAUAUUCAAUCAUGAAGGUUGUGAUGAAAAAUUUAAACAAUUAAUGGCGUUAACUCAACAAGCCAGAUCACAAUAUGAGGUAAUGGUAAAAUCCUUCGAAGAAGAGAUCCAACAGCACAUAAACUCCCGACAUACUGUUGAAACAAACGGAGGUGACUCAGCCUGCAGACCUUUCCCGAUUGCCUACUCACACUUGGGCCACUCAAGAACCCCUUCAGCUUGUAGCACCAUAUCAUUUAUGUCCAACAUCUCAGUUUCCGAUCAAUAUUCGUCUCUCCAUCAAACGACAACACAGCAGACACCUGCAGAUGUUCAAGCAGAAUCUAGUGAAGUUAAGCCUUCCGCUGAUAGAGAGGCUCUUGAUGACAUCGAUGAAGGCCACAUAGCUGAUACUGAAGAUGAAAAGCCACGUAAUGCAAAGACUCCAUCUGAGGAAUCUAAUGAGCAGCAUGUGGAUGACGACAAGGCGAAAAAUGUGCAGGAUUGGUUACGACGAACAACACCCAAUACAAAUUGUUCUUCUCUUUGCUAA